UGAGGGCAACUGUCCUGUUGACUGGGCAAUCUAUGCUGUGAAGCGUGGUGACGUCGUUAGGAGGUGACGCUCACCCACCGGACAUAUUUGCUAAGGGCAGAUAAAGAUGGCUGGCUGGGCUUGGUGUGCGGGGUAAAGUUGGAGGAGGCAACACAAUGGCGGGAAAGCUGAAGAGCAUGCUGGAUAACUUAGAUCAUUUUGUUGACAUGCUUGCAUUGUCUUCUACUGUCAAUGUAAAAGACUGGGAUGUCUUAAUUGUUCAACGAGCACUCGAGUGGGGAAGUUAUUUUCAGCAAGUUUACCAUCGCUUUAAGGAUAACGAGCCUAUCAGAAAUGUCAUUGAAGAACAUCUUGCGGCAAAGAAUGAAGAGCUCUGUGUUAACUUUAAAAAUUACAAAGACAUAACUUUUAGAGACCUUGCAAAGGGCAAGGCUAUUUUUUGCAUGACGCUUCUUCAUAACAGUGCAGUUGGUACUCUCAUCUUCAAGCAUUUGGUUGAGUGUCUUCAAGAUUCUGACUCCGAGAAGGUUGAUUCUCUUUCUUUAAAUCAAACCCUAUCUCAGAAAAUUGCUUCUGAGCUUUUCCUAUCACUCCCGUUUGCUUGUGAAAGAUCACUGAAGCCUUUGGAAGACCCUGUGUUGGUUACACAAGCAGACAUCCUUGGAAGCAGCCUCCAAAGAAGACUGAGGAAAUUGGAAGAUGACCAGAAAUCUUCUGCAGUGUCAGAUGUUCUAGGCAAGCUCCCCCAACCCCUUCUGUACCACCUGAUAGCAGCUGUGUUAUCUAAUGACACUGCAAGUGCUAACCAUCAGGACCAGUUGCAUGACUUAAUUCUAGAUUGGCUGCUGACAAAUGAUGCUGCAUGGACAGGAUUCUGUAGUAAUGUAAACCAAAACGUCUUGGCCAGAUUGAGUUCUAGGUUUUUUAAGUUUAGGCAGACCUAUCUAGAUUACCUAUUUAAACUGGGAUAUGGGAUGGAGCAAGACAUUACUUUGGGAAUGUGGGCUAGCAACACUCCUAAAUUGUCUUUCCAUGAGUUUAUUGAACAUUUUAGAUGCCUCUUAAGUGGACCUCAGGACCUUAAGGAAUGUGCGUUAACUAGAAUUCAGACAUUGAAACAACAAGAUGGGGACUACGAAGAAUCUGGAAUCAGUAUAUGGACUGAUAUAUUAAAUGAAUUAAACAAAUCCUAGCACUUUUAUAUAAUGCUCUUUAUGAUGUUACUAUCCUUUGUAAGUUAA